AGGUGAGGCUCCUGUUGUACUCCGGCCUGGCUUAGCCCAGACUCCAGAACCCAGGCAAGCCGCCCUGUUACAUGCCCACAGAGGAGACGCUCAGGUGUGCACCUGUGUGUGGUUUCACAGGCUGGACUCACACCUUGCUAAAUUCCGGCACCAGCCACAAGCCUUGGGGGAGCUGAAGGGAAUGAAACUGCUGGCUGCCUGCUUCAUGUACCUGCUGCUCAUCUGUCUGGCCCUGCCCAAAGCCGAAUGCCGACUCCACGAGCGAUCCAUGGAAAUCAGGAACCCUGAUAUCGACCCUUCCUGGUACACAGGGCGUGGGAUCAGCCCCGUGGGACGGUUUGGCCAGAGGAGAGCUGUCAUGGAGAGCUCCCGGAAGUCGGGCUAUGGACACAGGCAAGCUUGCUUCCCUCUAGAAGAAAGCAGUGAAUCCCUUCAAGAUGAAUGAAAUGGCCAAGACAAAGAAUGAAUUUGAAUGAUGAUAAGAAAAGACCCUUCUCCUCUCACCCUUCCACAUCCCAGCCUCUCUUCCUGGCACAUGAAAAUGUUUGGUCUCAUUUCAAUGUACAGUAUCUUUGUGCUAUAAAUGAUAGAAAUCAAAGAGCAGUUGAUAACUCCACUAUUUUUGCAGACAAUUUCCCUCUUGUCUGUUUUUCCUUUUUCUCUCCCCUGUUCCCCAUUUGUCCCCAUCUCUGGCUUUUGCUCUUAAAUCUAACAUGAUUUGUGCCAGAAAAUUGCUGGGGGAAAGAAAUACAA